GCGCAUUCACAGUCGUUAGACUCAAACAUCAUCCGACGACGACGACUCUCAAAGACUGAUACACUUCGACCUCCGAGACCAAAAGGCAGCACAGAGACGAAUAGAACAAUCCGUCCUUCCCCUUCACUCAUCUACCCAUCAAGUCGACGUCAUGUUUAUCCGCUCCUGGACAUGGUCAAGAAUGGCAAGGCACCGGCGGACCACCGCGUCGUGGAGGCGGUAUCUUCUCGAGGCGCUCACCAUCCCGCUCUCGCCCCACCUUUCGCGAGGAAGACUUCAAUCGCAAUCGCUCCAGCAGGCCGUCUCGCCGCGCUCACGGAGUGUUCGAUGACGAGAGCGACGAGGAGGGCUAUGAUCAGGACCGCUACAGCAGGCCAUCACGCGGUACGCGUAGCUUCUUCGAAGACGACGAGGCGGACCACGGCCGCUACGGCAGGCGUGCUCCGUUUCACCGCGAGGCUAGCGAGUCUCCCGCUACAUUCGGCAUCCGUCGCGGCCAGUCAACUCGAGCAUCUCGCCGCGAGCGUGCUCCCCCUCCCUCUCCUCCGCGAACAACCAACACGAACCAGGGUCGAGGUCGCCAAGAGCAGCCCAACACCGGCUACACGAACAGGUUCGCGUCGUACAUGCGCGAAUCCUGCUCACCACCUCCGAACUCAGGCCGUCGGGGGCGCGAUCGGUACGAGGCAGCCUUCGACUACGGCACUCGCGGCGCAGAGUCGACGUUUGCGUAUGCUGCACGGGCGAAUCUGUACAGUCACGUGAACAACACCAGCAACGGCUACGGCGGCGCUUCCGGCACUUACGGUAGUGCCUACAAUCCUUACGGCGGCGCAUCUGGUGCUUACGGCACUUACGGCACUUACAACCCGUAUGGCGG